UGCACACUGUAUUAUACUGCCUCCUGACUACCUGAUUUUUGGGUCUUUCUGCAGGCAUUCGCCACUUUGCCAUGUUGAAGCUGACUGGAACUGGAGACAAAGCGUCAGGAACGGUUGAACUAUUUCCCCUCAACGGUCGUAGUCAGAGUGAAGUUGAGCCGUUAUCCCGUGACAUGGUCAACAAUCUGAGAGAACAGCUGAAGAUCAGUAAGGACUAUUUCAGCAUGCUGGUUGUGGGGAAGGAUAGCGAUGUCAAGGCGUGGUUCCCAUCACCCAUGUGGUCCCUGGAUAGCAUCUACGACCUGGUGGACUCAAUGGAGCUACGCCUCCAGGAAGAGAAGCUGCAGAAAAAACUGGGGAUCCACUGCCCUGAGGACAGAGGGAUAGGAGGCAGUGAGGGGGGGCAUUAUCACGGCUAUGAUGAAGACGGGGCGGAGGAGACGUACUUGUAUCACCAGUCAGAGGAAUGAUGAGAAAGGACGAAGAAGAUGCAGUGGAGUGAGGAAAAGCUACCUGAAUUCUGAACACACAAAAGCAAGUUAAUACGUAAACUCAUUUUCAGGACUCAAAGGUCCAGGACUCAC